UCCCUCGGGCUACUGAUGAGGACACUUGAGAGUGCUUGGGAGGGACCAAGAUGUAGAGGACUAUGCUCUCAAGGUCAUGGCCCAGGUGAUACAGAAUGCUAAAAGUGUGACAAGCACAGACAAGAUUCUGGCUGAGUGGUUGGACUUUGUCAAAGUUGGUCUGAAAGUUCUAUUUUGUGAACCCAUGCUACUGAAGGUGAUUGACAGGCUGGUUCCACUGGUGUAUGUAGAGUCACAUGACGUGUCUCCACCAAUCACAAUGCUGUAUGAGAUGCUGAUGAGCCACUCACAGUUCAUGCUGGUCAUGCUUGGGGAGAAAGGUCAGGAGGUCAAAGAUCAGAUGGUGAAUCUCCUGUUGACUCUGGUUGAAACCAACUCAGAAUGCUGUGAUCCUAGUCACUACACCGUGUUACAAGGGACAUAUGGAGCCACUCUGUCACAGACAGACCAGAGACUCCUGAAGAUGAUGUUCGUGUAUGAGAAACAUGGUAAAGGGCUGAGUGAUGCCAGGCCGUUCCUGUGGGGUCCCAAGGCGUUAGAGCACUACGCCCUGAGGAAAUCCCUGGCUUCCUCUCUCCUCAAGCAGCCGUCCAUGGAGCAGAUUGUGGACGCCUUCAAUGUCCGCAACAUGUACAAGUCAGCCUUAAACUUCCCCAUUAGCAGGAAGCUCACGCCUGCAGUUGUCAUGGAAUCGGAGGAGGUCAAGGCCACUGUUGAUGUGUAUGACCCUUGCUUUGUGCUGCCGUUGUUCUGCGGACUCCUGAGGUCAGAUUCCCUGGUAGACUGUCGGAAGUUCGUAUCAAGUCACUGUCUGGCAUACACGCUGACUGCUCUGAGUAGCCAUGAACCCAGCAUACGGAAGGCAGCGUACACUGUACUGGCUCGCUAUGUGGACCAUCUGUCCGGCGUCAAGUUCCAUGAACGUCUUCAAGUGACAUACCUGCUGGACACUUUACGGAACAGCGUACAGGAGCCGAACCAACGUCUAUCCUGUCUCAUCACCCUCUUCCUGGCCCGUGUCUCGCGUCUCAUGCUGCAUCCAGAUGAACACAUGUACCGGCAGAUGAACAACUUCCUGCUGCUGAAGCCGAGUCUGGACACAGAGAAUGUACCCGAGUUCUAUAAGCUCUUCAACAGUGCUGACCUACAGCACAGGAAGGAAAGGACGUGGAUUGUAAGUCUCCUGGCGGAUGGUCUGCGUGAGAUGUCUGACUACAAGACAAUGGAGCGGAGGUUCACCUUCAAGUUACUGCAGGGGUUCUGUGACUCCGCCAUGAGCGACCAAUUCUCCCAGGUGCGUGUGCUGAGGAUCGUUAAAGCAGCUUGUUCGGGUCGCCCGAUGGCAGUGGAUCUGGCAAAGAACCAUGGUAUCCUCACCUGGAUCAGUGGUAUCCUCAUGAAACGGCUGCAUGACGUGGAGCACUGUGAGCUGCUGGCCUCCAUCCUCCACACGCUGUGGUCCACCAUGGUGGGGGAGGGGGGCAGGACGCUGCCCUCACAGUUUGUCCGGGAGGUGCUGCUGUGCUGUAAGAGGCUCAUCACUCACAUCAGACAUCAUGAGUUUUCUUGCCGUUCCCUCCAGCUGCUAACAGAGACAAUGGUGUCGUCCCUCCAACAGCUCGCGGAUGUCACAGGGGACACAGCACAGGGUGUCUGCUCUCCUGCAGAAACUAUCACAGUCAAGGAGGUCCUUCUGCUCCUGCUCAGCUGUAGCCAGCUGCAGAACGACCUCACAACAGCUGCACAGCUGAAGAACAUACUCAGCUCUCUAGGUAUACACAUACAGGUCGCCAAGACAACGGUUGAGAGGAAACGCAAGGACUACCAUGUGGAGGAGGUGGACCUCAUAGAGGAAGAGGAGGAGAAGAUGGAGGUAGAUGCAGAUGGUAAAAAUAUGGCAUCAACGGAGAAAUCUAAUCCAGAGUCUGUGAAAACUGGUGAAACAUCAGACAUCGGUGAAAAGGAUGUAGAUAUAGGGAACAGAGUGAAGGUGUUGAACAAUGUGUGUCGGGUUUGCCUGUAUUGGGCUCCCCAGAGAUGUGUGUCAUCAUCUCCUGCAGCACAUCAGGACAGCUGUACCGAGUGGGCGAUGGAGGAGGAUGUGCAGGUGUCCAGUGCCCUUGUCACCAUGGCCUGGAUUCUCAAACACCAACCCAGUGCCAACAGCCCCAAACUAAAAUCUGACAUUCUUUCUUGGGUUUUAAGUAUUCUGUGUCAUGAAAAUAGUUUUGGUCAAGUCUGCAGGAAAGUUGUUACUGACUUGUCAGAUUUCUCCCGCCAGUUUUUGUCCAGCUUGGUAUCUGUAUACAACAGUGUGUUAGACUUACCUUGUGAGACGGAGAGGCAGCUGGACUGUGACACGUCAGACACCGAGGCAUCUCCAGAUGGCAGACCAGCAGAGAAUACAGACUGUGUGCAGUCAUCACUGAAGCUGCUCAACAAGAUUGUUGUGUGUGUGUUGGAGGAAGCAUCUGGAGGAGGCAGAGCACAACACAAAGCUCUGGACGCAGCUAAAUCUGUGCAGGACGAUGCCUCACUGUCAUCCCAGGAAAGAUCUUCACUGGCACUGCGGGAGCAUCUGUUAGGGUCAGUUGGUCAGUCUACACCAAGUGUGAUAGGCACAGGCACUGGAUGUGGUAUAGCUGGUUUUGAUGACAGCACACAGGAUGUCACACGGGAUGUCACACAGGCUGUCACACAGGACCAAAAUGAGCCAAGGGCAAAAACUCCCAAAAAUAAGAAACGACGAAAUCAACGCUCCCAGGAUCUUAACUCGAGCUCGUUACAUGAACCUCAGUCAGCUGACAGUGCAAAGAAGAAAAAGAGAACAUAAGUUUGAGCUUCUCU